AUGGCUGGCAACAUUACCGGAUGUACCAAGUUUGGCAAGCCAGGUCAAGGAGGAACAUUCGACACUGUUCAGACUCUGCAAGCCCAAGAAGCUGGGUCUGAAUGCGUCGUUCUCGAUAUCACGGACUUCAGGGAACACUUUAUACAGGUAUAUCGAGAGUCCAGCGUCACGCAGUCGUUGUUGUUGCCCGGAUGGUGCGACGACUCGCAUCUUUCUUCUGAGUGGAUUGUAGUCUGCUUGUACAGCAUAGGAGCAGGACGAGAACUUUUCGAAAAUGCUCAAGUCUGGUUCUGCGAAAUCAAGGAUGGAGAGACGAGGGUUUACGAAGGAUACCAAGCCACUGAUGGUCUCGUCAGCUAUUUUAUGACUUGGCCGGAGCGGCUGCGAGAGACGCUUCUCACUGCCGCAGCCAAGAGUGGUCUCAACACUUUGUCCAGGGAUGAAGCAAUCCAACUGCGAAGGCCGGACGUUGACAUCUACAGGAACACACAGCUUGCGCUCCUUAAACAAGAUCCAGACCGUGUUAUGCAUUACAUGAACAUUCCCAUGUGGAGAGUCCUCCGCGCAAUGCAGAUUGUGCUUCAAGCUUCUGAGACUUCUUUGGGAAAAUUGUAUCCUUGGACGGCGGAAUUGCCAGCAGCUUCGGGUGUCGUCUCGUGGCGGAGUAACCUGCCAACGAAGCACUUCGGGAAAGGUUACGAUGUUGCGAGAUUCAACAACAUUCACCAUGCUAAGAUGGAUCACCCGAUAGCUACUGGUGCACCAUUGCAGCGACUUGAGCAAAUGUUUCUACAGGAUCAGCAUUUCUUCAAUUCGUGUGUCUUCGAGUUCUACGACGAAUUUGUGCAUGGAAAUGAGAAACCUGAGUAUGAAGACUCAUACUUGUAUGGCGCUUUCACGAUCCAGGCCCAUAAAGCGUGCAUAAGCACACUGCGGGAGCAAACGGAUACCAGACUGAAGGCGUCAGGCUCAUCGCUCGAGCAGUCUUAUUGGGCACGGGAUCGACACUGGAUACCUGAUUGCUUGACAGCUCUGCCCGAUGAGACAAUUGUCGUCGUGCGCUACUUGCGGCCUGGGUGCUCUGCCAAGGUGGCCUUUGCCAGAGCACAGAUAUGUGGAUUCGACAAUAACAAUGGAGAUCUUACCGAACAUUACAAGAAUUUGCGGAAGUUGCUGUGGUUCUGGGAAGGCUCCUCGCGCCGCUUCGAUUCCUUGCUUUCACUGAUGCUGCAUCGGGGGUUCGGGCCCUCGAACUUGAUGUGGCCCAUUGAUCCGCACGCCAGAAGCACAUUUGUGCCAAAUGGGGCGCUCACCAACAGCGCAAUGCACGCGUACGUGUCGGAUAUCGAGAUGGAAUACGGCGGAAUUGCACAAGCCAACGUGGAGAAAUUUAAGCAGAAUCGGGAGUCGCGUGACAGAUGGCGAAAGCGUGCCGAGGAGUGCGAGAGACGCGCCACGCAGCUUGGGAAGCUCGAAAUCGACAAUGGAACGGCGGAUGAAGUGCAGAAGGAUCUGGAGGAAGCGCUCAAGGGCAUCAGGGAGGAGAAAGUGAGGAUGGCGGAUAUUGCAGAAGCGCUUGCUCGUGGCCUGGAACGCGAGCGAGAGGUCUUGCUGGAGUUGUUCCGCCAGGAUGAGGAGGCGACGCAGCUUUACGGCGGUGAUGCUGCAAGUAGGGCUUAG